AACAUCCAUUGCCUACGUCAUCAUUGUGCGACGCUACUUGCUAACACAGAGUACGGAGCUUGUUGUGCUUGUUUUUUCGCUUUAAAUAUGGAUAAAACACUGGAGACCGAAAGCCUUGAAAUGCGUAUCGAGGCACUGGAGAACCAAAUAAAUGGCGAAAGAAGAAUUAGAAGUGGAAAACAAGUUAAGUGUGCAGAGUCUUUGGCCAGGAUUCAGUCCGCUUUGACUAACACAGCCAACAAGAGGGAGCGAGUAAAGAUUCUGCACAAAAAAAUUGAGGACCUAAUGAAGUAUCUGGAUCCGCAGUUCACCGAUCACAUCACAGUACCAGACACCAUAAAACUGGAGUUCAUCCUUGCUGAGGAAGACUCCCUCCUGUCUCAAGCUGCGUUGCUGGAGCAGGUCAGCAGCCUGCAGCCACUACUAGACAGUACCUACAUCCGAGAUGUGCCUGAACACGCAACCAAACUGCAUCGCCUGUCACAAAUUCACAUUAAAGAACAGGACCAAACUGAGGCUCAGUCACAGGAAGUCAAGAAGCUUUUUGAAGAAUACAACAAAAUGAUGUUCCUGCUGUCAAAGCAGUUCACCCAGUGGGAUGAGAGCCUGAGGACCAUGGAGGAGGCCAAAGGAAUCCGACCGGUGGAGUAGUUUCUGUAAACAGGAUUGGAUUCGAGGUGAAGAAGCCUGGACCACAGACAAAACUCUGUCCAACUUGUUUCUUAUUUUUCCUCCUGCAUCAGUUUAUGUUCAAAGAAACGCCUCAGACUGAUCCGCAAAUAAAUGAGAACAUUUUCGAUGAAUUAAGAAGUCUAAAAUCUUUUGGGUCGGUCAAAUUUUGGGUUGUUUAUUUAGGGAAAAGUUAGUGUCUUUCUCACUUUUUAGGCGUUAACAGGAGGUUUUUGCCAUUUUAAACACCACCGACUUCACAGUUGUGUGUUUACAGCUUGACACCCUUAAUGAAUUCUCACCCUGCAGCAUUUUUGUGUCUCUGUUACACAAACUGGUGUCCAUGUUGUUCAUAUAGACAUUCUGAAGUUAAAGAGUUCCUCAAGAAAAAUGUGUCAGUCCAGGUUAGUACAUUGUUAAAAUCCACAAUGGCUUCUUUCUAGAAAUAUAUAAUGAAUCCCUUGAUGAAUUUCUAAAUUUGGAAUACUUUAGUUGUGGUAAAGAACUCCUUGUAAGUGCAUUGUUUAAGCCCCACUGCUAAAUAAGUAAAUACAAUUUCAAAGUAAUUUUUUUUUUAUUAUAAAACCUCUCUAAAUGGUCCGGAAGCACUUGGAAACCAGAGCUCUAAAGAAAGCAGACCAGAGCUGGAUCUUGUGAUUUGGGUCUUUUUUGUCUUGGCUGUGGCUCAAUGGCUCUGCACAGCUGCUAUGCAUUGAUGUUCAUUUCAUUAAGCUGUUUUUUAAUGAUGUUUGGAUGCCUGAAAUGUCAAUAUGCUCAUGGACAUUCUCACCCUUUUAAACUGCAAAAGUAACAGUAAUAAAGUGGUUGUUCUUCUGAAAUGAUUAGCUUUUCUUUGUGCUUAAAAGCUGUUUAUAAACUCUUGCCCUCCCA